UCUCAGCUCGUACAAGUCAUGCAGCAGCAAAUGCUCAUGCUGCAAGAGCAAGUAAAAAAUGUCACUUCUUCGGAGGUCAAAAGUCGCGUGUCCGUGCCCUGGCCGCAACCUUUAGAGGUAGAUAAUGGCGAUCCUUACGAAAAUCUUGUCUUCUUUAAGAGCCGAUGGGAAGAUUAUUGCCUGGCUACGGGUAUGAGUACCUGGCCUUCAGAAAAAGAUGUCACAAAAGCGGGUCUUCUCCUGAGCGCUAUAGGAAGUAAAGCCAUGAAAAAAUACAUGGAUUUUGGAUUGUCUGAGGCGGAAAAGAUGAGUGAAAAUGCCAUAUUUGCUAAAAUUGAAAAGACAAUAUUUCUUAAAACCAACAUAAUAUACUCAAGGUAUUUAUUUAACAUGAAAAACCAGAAGGCGGAAGAAAGCUUUGAUGACUAUUUACUGGCCCUAAAGAAACUAGCUAAGAGAUGUAAUUAUAAGGAGUUUGAAGACGAAAUUUUAAGAGACAGAAUCGUGGUAGGAAUAAAGGAUGGUGAAGUCAUAAAAGAGCUAUUGAAAAAGCAAGACCUAACGUUAGAAACAGCCAUAAAUAUUUGUCGUGCUUCUGAGGAUGCUUCUGCUCAAGUUGCUGAUUUACAGAAAGCAGAACCGGUCAACAAAAUUACUAAGAACAAUAAGCCUUUUAAUAGUGACACACCUAAAAAGUGUAGAUUUUGUGGAGGUGUUCAUGUCUACCAAAAGAAAUUAUGCCCUGCCUGGGGACAGCGUUGUGAAGAAUGUGGUGGCCGAAACCAUUUUAAGAAGGUUUGCAAGAAGCGUGGAACUAUAAAAGAAAUACAAGAAGACUCAGAUAGCAGUGUCAUCAUAGCUGAAGUAAGGUACAAUGAAGAGUCAGGCCAUGCUGAAGCACCACUUUUGUUUCAUAUUGGUGAUAAAAAACAUAAAAUAUACUGUGCUCUGGACACAGGAGCGGCAGUUAGUGUGAUGGGGGCAGAAUAUUAUAAAAGUUUAACAGGUCAUAAGGACUUAUCAGCUUUAACUCCGCCGUUGAGAAGUUUGAAAGCAUUUAAUGGUACUCCCAUUAUUAACUUGGGAAAAGCAUCCUUUAUAGUUACCAGGAAGAAUAAAGAUUACAAAUUAAACUUUCACAUUGUUAAUGUUAAACAUGAACCACUCUUGUCAGAGAAAGCUUGUUUAGCUCUGGGCAUUAUAAAAUACUGUGAUGAAGUAUUAACAGAGUUGGACCGUUCUAAGGCAGAGCAAAUUAUGAAACAAUAUGAAGAUGUCUUCGAGGGUUAUGGCAGCCUUCCAGGGGAAGUUUCAUUGGUGCUGGAUGAAUCGAUUCCUGCCCAUAUUCAGCCUGCACGUCGAGUUCCAGUUGCUUUAAAAGAAAAAUUAAGAACUGAACUGGCACAGCUAGAAGCCGACGGUAUCAUAGUAAAGGAGACACAGCACACUGAUUGGGUGGCUCCGUCUCCCAUUCGGGCUCUCUUCAUCGCCAGAGAUCUUCCAGCAACAACUCACCAGUCUCCUUAAGGAUUUAAAAGGCAUUGAAAUUAUAGCAGAUGAUAUCUUAAUUUAUGGCGUCGGAGAGACAGUUGAAGAAGCCAAAAUGGAUCAUAAUAUCAAAUUUGAAAAAUUACUUAUAAGAUUAAGAGAAAUAAAUUGCAAGUUGAAUAAAGAUAAAGUAAAUCUACUAAGAACAUCAGUGAAAUUUUAUGGACAUAUGUUAACUAAUGAAGGUUUGAAGGUGGACAAGUCAAAGGUUGAUGCUAUUAACAACAUGCCUACUCCGACAUCUAGUAAGGAUGUUUUACGUUUUCUGGGAAUGGUUGGAUACCUCAGCAGAUUUAUAAAUAAUCUCAGCAUUCAAGCUACACAUCUUAGAAGGUUAACAAGAAAAGAGGUAGAUUUUGUAUGGACUGAGCAAGAAGAGAAAGAAUUCAAUAUAAUAAAAAAGAAGGUUAGUGAUUUGCCUACAUUGCAGUAUUUUGAUGUAAAUAAAGAAGUUGUUUUAGAAUGUGAUGCUAGUGAAUAUGGAUUGGGCGCUGCAAUGUAUCAGAACAACCAGGUAAUAGCUUUUGCAUCUAGAUGUUUGACAAAGACAGAAAAGAAAUAUGCCCAAAUAGAGAAGGAAAUGUUGGCAGUGGUCUUUGCUUGCAUCCGAUUUAAUCAAUAUGUAGCUGGAAACAGUAAAAUUACUGUCAAGACAGAUCACAGGCCAUUAAUUAAUAUUGCAAACAAACCUUUGAUUGAAGCUCCAAAGAGACUGCAAAUGAUGCUUCUUACACUUCAGAAAUAUAAUGUACAGUUACAAUUCAUUCAAGGAAAAGAAAACAUAGUUGCGGAUACUCU